AUGCAGAAGUUCGGCAAGCAUAUCCAGAAGCGGCAGCUUGAAGUGCCCGAGUAUGCUGCCAGUUUUGUCAACUACAAAGCGCUCAAGAAGCUCAUCAAAAAACUCUCCGCUACUCCUGUCUUGCACGCUCAACUCGACCCGAACAGGUCGCACACACCAGUCGAUACCCAAGCUGCAUUACAAGCCAACAAAGCAGCUUUCUUUUUCCAACUAGAACGAGAACUCGAGAAAGUCAAUGCACUGUACCUGCAAAAAGAGGCUGAGCUCAAAAUUCGCUUGAAAACAUUGCUCGACAAGAAGAGAGUACUAAAAGCCCGCCAAGGCAUAUCUCGCCGUUCAGCCAAGUUCACCACACUCGAAGAAGGAUUCCAGCAAUUCGCCAAUGAUCUCAACAAGCUCCAGCAGUUUGUGGAAAUCAACGGAACUGCCUUUUCAAAGAUUCUGAAGAAAUGGGACAAGACAUCCAAGUCGAAAACUAAAGAGCUGUAUCUAUCCCGAGCUGUUGAGGUGCAGCCCUUUUUCAACGCCACGGUCAUCAGUGAGCUCUCCGACCAAGCCACUACCAGCUUACAGGAGCUUGGAGCAUGGGCUGAGGGAGACCAUGUCAGCUUCGAGGGGAAGCCUGAUCACAUUGUCAGCAGUCAACAUCUGCUCGGCACCGACGAGGGCGAUGUCGAUUCUCUGCUGCUCGACACUGCCAUCACUGGUAACCUGGAUUCUCUGCGUGACCUUCUUACGCGGAUGCAGAGCACAGCGGCGACAUCGUCCACGACUGACAUGACGCUGAUGGAGAGAAUCACCAGGACCUUCCUCGCAGCCAUACACGAAGCACCUCAGGCAUCGCUUGAAGUACUUCUGCAAACAGGCUUGGUCGACAUACAGUCAGAGGACGACAUCAACGAGAGGAAUUGUCUGCACCAGGCGACCAUCUACGGCAACAACUUUGUCCUUGGCAUCGGAGUAUCUGGCGGGGUAGCUGUCAACCGGACGGAUGUCUACGGCAGGGUACCACUUCACUACGCGAGUAUGCAUGGGAGGCUGGAUAUGCUCAAUGAGUUGUUGGAAGCUGAUCCUAGGACUAUUGAUCUUAUCGAUCACGACAACUUCACGCCAUUGAUACAUUCCAUUAUUCAUGGCCACCUGUCAUGUGUUCAGAGACUGCUUGCAGCAUCAGCGAGGAUAGACCCGGCUUCCGAAGCCGAACACAUUCCUCUGAACCUUGCUUGCGAGCAUGGUAGCGUGGAGAUCGUCGAGUUGAUACUCCGGCAUGGAGCGAAGAUCUUACCCGAUGCUGAAGGCCUUUACCCACAGCACCUCGUUGCAAGGUCGGGCCAGACGCCACAGCUCCUGCGGCUGCUUCAGCAAUAUAAUGCUGACCUCGACCAAUGCGACAAACUGUAUGGGUGGACGCCAUUGUUCCACGCUGCAAGUGAGGGCAAUGUCCCAUGCUUGCAAGAGCUCCUGAAUGUUGGGGUGGACGCCAACAUUGCCGACGAGAAAGAUCUGCCAGCCGUCUAUUACGCUGCGUGGGAAGGGCACUUGGCCUGCAUGAGGCUACUCGUUCCUUUCCAGAAAGGCGUCACGAGAAGCCCACUGACCAUGCAGGCACAUCUAACACCCAUGACCAGCAAUGGGCCGAUGCCCAUGUCUCUCGACGUCGACGCCAUUCCAGUCCUGGAGCUGCCACCGCCAAUCAUUCCCUUACGUCGUUAUGGUCACAACUUCCUGGACACCAAGACCGUUGUCCAGCUUACCUUUGAAGAGCGUUCAGAGCAGCCACUCGUCUUCUUCCACGACAGCAAAUAUCCUGCGGCACGCCUCACGAUAUCGUCCAAAGUGGCUGAUCUCAUCCCCAAGAACAUUAUUCUCCCAUUCCAGGAGGAUACUCGCCUGGUGUCAUUCCAGGUUGACAACCUGGACAGCUUCACCCUUGAUUUUGAUGUGUUUCCGACAUAUGGAGCCAAGGUCAUCGCCAAGACUGUAGCGUUGCCGAAUACCUUCAAGGCCCGCAUGCAAACUGCCGGCAGGUGUUGUCUUCCACUCUUUGAUCCUCGCCUACGUGCGAUUGGGCAAAUAAGCUUCAACACACAAGUCAUCAAGCCAUUCCGGGGUACGCCACUUGAGAUAGCCGACUUUGAGACGUACUGGAAAGCCACAAGCCAGCUGGACCAGGCGCCGAACAUGUUCGUCACUGGAUCAAGUUUGUCCGGUGAUUUCGUCCAGAUCAAUGUGCAGCACACGAAUGACGGGGUACCGGUAGUCUGGCCUAGAUGGACUGUCAACUGCGGUGGCGUCGAGAUACCCGUGUCUCGAUUGAGCUUCGAGCAGUUCGGGACCGUGACUGCCUCGAAUAGCAGCCGAAGCCAGGUGUCUGAAUUGACCACAUUUGGUCGGGACAGCAUCGCCGACAUUUAUCGCAUCCUCGCAACGGCCGGUGUCUCUCUGGAACACGCCCUCGCGCAGCUGCCCAACUCUAUGCAUGUCAACAUCCAGAUUCUGUACCCGACCGAGAGGGAGGAGCAAGCAUUUGGGUUGGGACCGUCGGCCGACAUUAAUGUCUUUGUCGACUCGAUCCUCGCCAUCGUUUUUGACCACGCGCGCAAACAGCGAUCCGCGCGUAUGCAGGCGCCCGAGGCGGUGCGGUCUGUCGUCUUCAGCUCAUACAACCCGACCCUGUGCACGACUCUCAACUGGAAGCAGCCCAAUUUCCCCGUAUUUCUCUGCAACGACUUAGGCCGCGAGGAGGCCAUGCCGUCGCCCAGUGUGAUCCAGAUCAGCGGACGCAACUCGCUCUCGAUCAAGGAGGCAGUGCGGGUCGCACAGAACAACAACUUUAUGGGGCUAAUUUGCUGCUCCAGACUAUUGGACAUGGUACCGGCCUUGGUUGACGCCAUCAAGUCGCAUGGACUCGCGCUGGUGGUUGACAAGACAGGUGAAAAGGCAGUCGACCCUCACCCAUUAGCAGAUCCGUUCCCAAGGCUGCCCAAGGGCAUUGAUGGACUCCUCAAGAGCAAUGGCGUGUUGCGUUUCAACGAAUCGUUAGAUGUAUAG